UAUAAAAGAUCGUGCUUCCUCUUUUCGGCAGGCUGCAGCCGUGUCCGUCCGGCCACUGUCCCACUCUCUCUCCACGACCCCACCACCGUUUCUGCCGCCAUCGACUCUCUCUCACAAGCACUACUCUCUCUCUGUCUGUCUCUCUCAAAAGUUUCUCUCUAAUUAUACAAAUUGAGAAGGCUUCAACACUUCUCUUUCUACACACCUUCCUCUCUCUCUGUUGUUGUUUUUCCCCAAUUCUGGAAUCAAAUCACCUACACUGGUCAAAGCUCUGCCAUUUGGACUGAUCGAGGACAAGACCAGACCAGACCAUUCUCGGACUGGAAACCAACCUCUGAUCCGUCGCCCAAGAUGUGGCAACGAGCGUUGAAGUCUAGGGUUUUGCAGAUGUCUGUGUUUGAAAGGGGAUUCAUUGAAAGAACAACACAUAAGCUUGUGGUCUGAGAUCGAAUCGUCAUCCACUGUGAAUUGUUAAAAUGAGAGAGUGAUAAAUUAGUGUUUAUAUUGGUCUUGAUAGUGAAUUGGAGUGGAAAUUAUUGAUUCACUUCUCAACUUUUCAAUUCGUAUAUACACACAUCAAAUCUACCAAUUUCUAGGGUUUCAACUUGCUGAGGAACAUUUAAAUCAGAGACAUGGUGAAGGAGCACUUGGUGUCACAUUUGCGUGCUUGUCUCAGUCAAUUGAAAACAAGUUUUGAACAUUGUCUUGGUAAUGCUGAUAAUUAUGCAAAGAGGAACAAAUCCAAGGAGGAUUGCGUUAGUAAACUACCGGAUGAAAUGCUGUCUUCCAUCAUCUCGUUUUUGACCCUGACAGAUGCUGUUAGGAUGAGCCUAGUAUCAAAAAGAUGGAGACAUAUUUAUGCAUCCAUGUCCAGCCUCAACUUCGAUUUGUAUACCAUGUUUAGCGCACCUGAUGAUUGCAAUUCUCAGCAACACUGUUCACAUUUUUGCUUGCAUUACAGGAAUACAUUUGUGCAAAGAGUAAAUCAGUUCUUACAGCUUCAUUCUGCUCCAAGGAUAAUGUCCUUCCGUUUUUCAUUUUGCUUUGUAAGGGAGUUUGCUGGUGAUGUUGAUCGGUGGAUCAGUUUUGCAGUUAGAAUGGGUGUUGAAAAACUAGAUCUGAACUUUGCAUGCAGGGAUUCCAUUAUUGUUGGUAGCAUGUUCAGUGACAACUAUAAUGAGAUGUAUAAUUUGUCCUGCCAACUUCUCUCUGAAGCUUCUAAGUUAAAUCACUUGUGCUUAAGCUCCUGCACCUUGCAACUAGAAUUCGGUUGUUUUAACAAUCUAAUUUCCCUUGAUUUAAAUCAAGUACCUUUAAGCUGCAAUGAAUUGCAGAUGAUCCUCUCUAGAUGUUUGAAGCUUGAAUGGUUGGGAGUGAGACGCUGUCCUGUUCCAGGUAAAUUAUGUAUUUGUGGCCCAUCCCUCAAGUUUCUGGAAGUAUUCUGUUGUGCAGGCUUAAAGGAGAUUGAGCUUUCUGCAGUCAACCUGACCACUUUUGAAUUUUCUGAGAUCUUAGAAACGAAGUUCUCUUUCUCCAAUGUUCCCAAGCUGGAACAAGUGUUUUUUCGUGGUUAUUACUACGAUGCCAUUGAUUCUAUAUUCAGUGAGCUUACCAGAGAUCUUCCUGAGCUCAAAAUUCUAUCACUAUCCAUGUUUACUCUCUAUGUACGUUACCCAAAAUGGCCGACCUCAUUUAGCAAAGUCAAGCAAUUGGAGUUGUCUAUUAAUAAUGAUUUUGAGCCUGAUCUUUUAAAGAUUACUCCAAUUCUAAGUGCUUGUCCCCUUUUACAGAAGUUCCAUAUAAUGAUGAGAUCAUACACAAGACGUAGUGAAGAAAGCACGAAGGAGCCCCCCAAAUGUGUUCAUACUCAACUGAAAGAAGUAGAAUUUGGUGGAUUUUCCGGCACCAGGAAUCAAAUUGAGUUUGCUAUAUUUUUGCUGAAAAAUGCCAUCUCCCUGGAUAAGAUGAUUAUUGAUGUGCAUUAUAAAUUGUAUUUUGGAUGUGGCAAGUGGAAAAAUGGAUGUAUUUCUACUUGGACGGAAGAUAAACGUGAUGAAAUCCAUAAACAAUUGCAGGGAAGGGUCAUCUCAGCAACUGCAAAGGUGAUCAUCCGAUAAAUUUUAGAUUUAAUUAAUGUUAUAAGAGAGUAUUAUUUCCCUUGGUAGUUAAAACUUCUUGACCCUCAGCGAAAUGGAUGUCAGCUCAAAAGUUCUCCUUUUAAUGUGGUGUAAAUCUAAUAGAACGAUAAUUCCUUAGAAAAGAGUUUAGCUUUUAAUUAUUACUAUCAAAUCCUUGGCUUGAGUGGUAUGCCCUCCACCUCUCCGAAUAAUCCAGUGUCCUCCAGUGCGCACUUAAAAGCUUCCUUGGGGCAUGAAAACUGCGCGGGGUGCCACUUUUUGGACCAAGAACAAAAAGAAUUUGAUUCAACAAGUUUGAGCCAUCACUCGAUAUUCCUCCUUGUAUUGUACUUUUGGCUUCUGUAUAUAAUAUAUUUGCUUGAA